AGUUCGCUAUACGCAGUCGCGGGACGUUAGCGUCAUUUGAUUUUUUUUACACAAACAUAGAUAAAAAAUGUGUAGCAAAUAGACAGACUAUACAACAUUGUUUAUUUAUAGUAAACAGGUUCUGUAUGCGGUCAGUGCCUUGUGCUGAGAUGCACUAGUGCAUUCGUCUCAAUAUGGAACGAUUUACGAUUUUGAUUAUAUCGAUCGCAGUAUGCAUUGUUCAGUGUCAAGAACAAGCCGAAAGUGUAUUGUCUGCUGUGUUGACCCCUGCCAAGAAUUUGAUCCGUCAAGAAAGAAGUUACUACGAAAGAUAUGGAUACGGACGACCGUAUGACAGGUUAGAUGACAGGCCGUCAAGGUGUGGGCGAUGUGAUGAUGACGACGAUGAUUACGACAGGGGACGCGACAGAGACGACGACCACAGAUCUAAUAGACCAACUUAUAACAAUAGACAUGAUAGAAAUAAAAACAACGAUGAAGAUGACGGCAGAAGAUACGACAAUGACAGGAAGAAUGGCAAUAAAAAUGGAACGGAUGAUGAAAAUGAUGAUAAGAAAGGUUCUUACGAUGAUAAGGAUAGAGACAAACAUUCCAGUGGUAGGAGAAACAAACACAAGAAUAGAUACGACGACAGAGACAGAUAUAGGCCAGAUUACUACGAUAGAUUUCUAAGAGAUCCAUACAGGGAUAGAUACGAUAGAGACCGAUACUACGACGAUCCGUAUUCAAGACGACCUACCUAUGAUAGAUAUCCGGAUAGAUAUGAUGAUUAUGGCGGAGGAUACGAUGGGUAUAGCAAUUCGGGAUACAGAAGACCCUAUUAUGAGGAUAGAUAUAAUAGAGGAACUGGAUACGAUGAUUCAUAUGGUGGUUAUGGUCCUGGAGUAGGACGAGGUCCACAUGAGAGUUUCAGACCUUGGGACGAAACAUAUCGCGGUCAGGCAGGAUGGGACGCAGGUGGCAGAGGUUAUUACUUCGCGUCUGGGCGACCAGAUGCUGGUACGUGGGGACAACGAGAAUACUCCAGACCUGUUACAUCUGGAGGUGGUUGGCAGAAUGUAGGAUACAGCGGUUAUUCAAGCGGAAAUAAUGGAUACUCAAGUGGCAACAGCGGAUACCCUGUAUAUCGUGGUGCCAGUGGAUAUGCUGAUGGGUAUCAGGACUUAAAUGUUGGAUACGGACAAUCUAGUGGCUGGCGAAAUGUUGGCGAGCGCAGACCGUAUAGAGAUCAAAGUGGCGUGGCCAACUUGGAUAAAAGAAAAACGCAACCAUAUGAUAACCGCUACGGGCAGAAUCAAUCUGGCCAAAGUCAGAUAAUAACAUACCAGCCAGGAACUUACACACACAGCAGUACCACGCCUUCCACAAGCUAUUUAUUUCAACGGGAAGACGAAAUUGUGACGAAAGCCGAGACAACAGCGCAGCCAUCUUAGAUACGCCAUUACAUUUAAAAUUCCCG